GGCAGACAAACUGCCUCCUUUUUUGCCCCAUGCGACGCCGACCCAACCCACUUCAACCGUCCCUCACUGCCGGUCAUGAAUUGAGUAUCGCGAUCCGUAUCCAUUUCGCUCACCACCCUCCCUUCUCGCAGCCGGCCGUUGAAAUACGUGUCGCAUCCUCUCGUUCGUCUUUAUUUGGGAACCUUUCGCCAUAUCUGCGCGGUAUCGUCUCGCUGCCCCUGUGUGUAGUCACAGGGCCCUGUCGUGAGACGUCGACUUCUGCGCCGCAAAUAAGCACUCAGCCGCUUUCACAGGCCAGCAACUCGAGUUUCUCCCUCAACUUCCACUACGCUCUGCUCACGAAAAGAAUCACCGCGCUUCCGGGGUGGCCAUCCCGUGUCCACUGGACCUGGACCCCACGCGCCUUCCAUUCGUUUCUGUUCCCAUCGAGAGUCAAACCGCCGCCAUGGGUUCAUCGCCGCUCUCACUGAAGCGCGCACUGCUUCUCACGGCCUUCUUUGCCUUAAGAGUCAUGGCUCAAGAUAACAACAACAAUGAGGAAGAUAGUACGCCAACAUCUACCCCGACGCAGGACGCAGAGAAAACUUCGACCACCCCAACCUCGACCGCAACGUCCGAGACAACAAGCACCUCGGAAAGGGAGUCGUCGACGACACAAGCAACAUCAACGUCGACCUCGAGCACACGCACUCUGCCGGCGUUGACCACAGCCACCACCUCUGCAUCUUCCUCCCCCCCCAGACUAAGUGGCCUCCCAACUCUGUCCAAAACUGUCGACACAGCGGUUCCCGACUAUCCUCCGCCAACGGUCCCGCCAACACACAAUGCUCCGUUCAUGAAUCACUCCACCCUCCCCGAUGGAACAGUCUUCAUUGCAGUGGGCGCCAUUCUCGGCGCUUUCGGCGUGGCCAUUCUCGCAUGGCGGGGCAUCGUCGCCUGCCUCCUGCACCGGUCCGUUGAACGCGCCGCCAAGGCCCAGCACGCCGCCAACAACGGCCGCGCCGCGGGCGACAAGAACGCCGCAUCGUUCCCCGCGCCGCCUGCCCAGUUCUACAAGUACAUGGAGCGCGAAUCCUCGCCCUCGCUUGCCGCCGCGGGGUUGGCCGGUCCCACCGGACGACGUACCCACCGCGGACCGACUCCCUCGUCCACGCCGAGCCAGACGAACCUGUUCUUCUCUCCCACCGCUGCCGGUUCUGCAUCAGGCCUGGGCGGCGCGAACCGCGACUCGGCCCGCUUCCUGCCUUCGGGCUUCUACGCGUCUGCCUCGCCGGGCAGCCCGGGCGGCCACGGCCACGGCAACUCAAUAAGCAUGAGCACGCUGCGGCCUUCGUCGCGCGGGCGCGGAGGACAGCUGGGCCCGUCGCCGCCGGAGUCGCCCAAUGUCGGGCCGCGUGUCGUUUCUAGGAAUUUCAGCGCCAGCUCGCUCAACCUGAACCGCCCGCCAAGUGCUGGUGCUAGGGCGCCCAGCGCCUAUCUGGAGGAUUUGCUGGAUGAGCAGCCAGGCCAGUUCCCGCCGCCCGCCGGGAGUCCGUCGCCCCACGGCAGUCACGGGCGGAGAUAUUAGACUCUACUUUCACUAGAACGGAGGUGGAAAAGAUUUUGCGACGCAUUCAGCGGUUUCUUUUCGUUUGGGCCUGGCUUGUGCUUUCGAAGGCAAGACUUGCAUACUGCUUCGAGAUGGGGAGGCAUGUUUGUCGUGGGGUUCUUGUUGCGGAGUUUUGUUCUUCCUGUUCGGUUCGAGUAAACCCCCCCCCCCCCCCCCCCCCCCCUGUUGCACGGCAUAGAAGGUGUUGUGGUGUGGCCGCGUGCCUGGUCUUCUUCCUUCUUUCUUUUGCCCGAUUCUCUUUUUGGGUCAAAGUACUGUACAUAGUCUUUGCUUUACUUGCUUACGCUCCAUCGUCAGUAAUGAACAUAUUCAGGCAUCGUAAUGCGCCAACGCUUCUCAGUUAGGGCUAACUUCGCAGGAGCAAGACAGCGAUGUAUCCUGAUGCCAGUCCUCUUGAGUGCCAUCGUCAGAAUGAACGGAAAACGUGUCAUC